AUGGCCCGCGAAAAGCGAGUACCACGCCAGGCCAUAAUGGCCAACACAGCCCCAGCACGCAGGGCUGCAUAUGCGCAGCGUGUGCUGGACUGGGAGGCUGUGGAGAGCCGUGCGGCGUGGGAAAGCCGCAACCCUCAGCCAUGUGCGCAGAGGGUGGAUCGCCGCAAGUCUCUCCAUGAGAUCUGUUUUUAUCAGAAGUCAGAGAAUCUUAUAUUCCUCAAGGCCACCUUCACGCGCCUUGUCUGUGAAAUCAAUGGAGGGAAUCAUCGAUUCCAGUGUUCUGCCCUUGAUGCCAUUCAAGUGACAGCAGAGUCCACCCUGGUCACACUUUUUGAGUGUGGUGUUAAGGCAAUGGCUCAUCGCGGCCGUGUUACUCUCACUGUGAGGGAUACACAGUUGAUGAUGAACAUUGUGAAGACUCUGAAGAGUGAAUAUUUUGAGAAUGCUGCAGCUCUGUGA